GAGGCCGGCCUUCUCUCUGUUUCUUGUUCAUCGUGCCUUCGCAUCUAUCCCGCCCAUGUCCCUCAGAUCCGUCCAGAGAAAGGCCUCGUUCGAUUUACUCGAAGGAGAGAGCUCCGGCGACGGUGGCAGUCUCUUUGAACGCCUGAUUUCCGAUUUACCUGAAGAGAGCGUGUUCAUCAAUGGCCGCGCUAGCCGCCGAAAGCGCAGAUCGAAGGCUGCGAAGAAGAAAAAAGCCGCUGAGGAACCUUUGUUGGAACUGGACGGUCCAUUUAUUUUAUCUGAGAACAACGCGCCGCAUGAGAUUGGGAUGAAAUUUUCAGUUUGUGAGAGUCGAUCAGUGGUGGAAUCUGCUUGCGAGAGUACCGUGGUGGAGACGGACACCGAGAGCUCUCGAGUGAGUUGUGUUUCGUAUGUGGAGUUGAGGCAGAGGUAUGUGAACAGUGUUGCUUCUGAUGAUAAUGUAGCCGAUGAUGCAAGCAACUAUAAGGAGAGCUCGACAGCGGGGAAGUGGAAACCUGAAUCUAUUGGUGGCGCUGCCAAGUUGGAAUCCAUGGAGUCUUUAGAUUGGAAAAGAGUCAUGGCGGACAAUCCUGAUCUUCUGGGAGAAGUUUCAAGUGUAGAGAUAGCGCCUAUGAAAUACUUUAUGGGAGAAAUAUAUGGUGGAAAUUCUCUUAGAAGCACAAUCUCUGUGGGGAAUGAGAAGAAACGGCAAAGGGUCUAUAAUACCAUGUUUCAUGUUCCAUUUAGGUGUGAAAGGCUUAUUAUGGCAGGCUUCUUUUUCUGUGUAGAUUCAUUUUUGUCACUGUUAACAAUAAUGCCAGCAAGAAUCCUAAUAAUUAUCUGGAGGGUGCUGAGAACCAGACAUUUUCAGCGACCAAAUGCUGCAGAGCUGUCUGAUUUUGGUUGUUUUAUAGUGUUAGUUCUUGGUGUCACAACUUUACAGAGGACAGAUAUCAGUUUAAUAUACCACAUGAUAAGGGGGCAAGGAACAGUCAAGCUCUAUGUGGUUUAUAAUGUCUUAGAAGUUUUUGAUAAACUUUGUCAAUCCCUUGGUGAAGAUGUUUUGCAAGUUCUGUUUAGCUCGGCGGAGAGUUUGUCAAGUUGUUCUGCAGAAAAUUUCAAGCUUGAAGUUGGAAAAUUUAUUUUUGAUGCAGCCAUUGCUAUUGUUUCAUUUAUUCUUCAUUCAUUUAUCUUAUUAGCGCAGGCAGUUACCCUUUCAACUUGCAUUAUUGCCCACAAUAAUGCUUUGCUUGCCUUAUUGGUGUCAAAUAACUUCGCCGAAAUAAAGAGUAAUGUAUUCAAACGUGUUAGCAAAGACAACCUACAUAAUCUUGUAUAUUCAGAUAUAAUAGAAAGGUUCCACAUUACUGCGUUUGUGUUAUUUGUGCUUGCUCAAAAUAUCUUGGAGGCAGAGGGUUCCUGGUUUGAGAGCUUUCUUAUGAAUGCUUUCAUGGUUUACAUGUGUGAAAUACUAAUUGAUUCAAUCAAGCAUUCUUUCCUUGCAAAAUUCAACGAUAUAAAACCAGAUGCAUACUCUGAAUUCCUAGAAGACCUCUGCAAACAGACUCUAAAUGAGAAGCCCGAGGGCCGUCCGAAAGAUCUUACUUUCAUUCCCAUUGCACCAGCUUGUGUGGUCAUCCGAGUUUUAACUCCAAUCUAUGCAACUCUUCUUCCCUAUGGCCCCUUCAUGUGGAGACUAUUUUGGAUAAUUGUCUGGUCAAGCCUCACAUAUGUCAUGCUUGCUAUAAGCAAAAUAAUGGUAGGUCUUACGCUUCGCCGGCUGGCAAACUGGUACUUGAAUUUGCGACAGGAGAGAAAGCAACAUAUGGAUUGAUUAUUUCAAUAUAUCAAUUUCCCAUUGCUUUGAACUUCCAUGCUGUUGAUUAUUUCUUGCUCAUGGAAGUAUUGUUCAUCUUUAACUUUUCGUGUUCAUGAUGUAAAUUUUCCAUUUGGUUAACUUUUUUUACAUUGCUA